GAAGCAUUGUAAGAGCCUAGCUGUUAAUAUAGCUCAGUCCUCCUCUCGAAAGAAACACAGCAACAAGACGGCAGCAAAAAUAAAUAAUUUAGUUUUACUACAAUUUAUUAAAUCAUAACGAAAUCAAAAUAUGCUUAUACAUGAUUUAGUGAAAGUUAAAUAAAAAAAAGUGCGGGUGAUUCUCAAAAAUCAUGUGAAAAAUGAUAAUCACAUUACAUACUUAAUGAAUGUUUGUGAAAAGUUAAUAAUAAUUAUAAGGUUGGAAAUUUUCAACAAAAUUGUAUUAUUUAAUGCAAAUGCUAAUGCAAACGGGUUUUAGUUAGUGAAUGUGCUAUUAUCUAAUUUAAUUUAACGGUUUUUCAAACGCUUUAACUCCGACGGCAAACCCAUAUAUAUAAAUAUACAUAUAUACAUAUGUAUGUAUAUUUUUAAAUUAUAAUAAUUCUAGGCUUUAAUAGCUGAAAUAGAAUGGACGCCUACGCUUUGCCCACCUACUUUCCACUUGCGUAUACCGAAUUGCAAUUUUUAGCGUCGCGAAGAGCUGCAGCCGUUGCCGCUGCGGCCUUACCGUCGGGUUCAGGUUCAGGUUCCCCAGGUUGCAUUUCCCAUGUACAUACAACAGACGUUUCCAGCUCGGUAGCGAUGCCACCAUCCAUGAUGCCAGCAACUCCUGAAGCAUCAGAAGCAACAAUUAAGACUCCUGCAACAUCGAUUAUUCCACCGAUUUCAAGUGGAAACACUUUACAUCAUCCGCAGCAUCAUCAUCAUCCGCAGCAUCAUCAGCAUGUCCAUGGACAGUCGCAACAUGCGCAUGAAUUUCAUCCAGCUUAUAGAAUUCCUGGAUAUAUGGAGCAGCUUUAUUCGCUACAGCGUAGCAGUUCAACAGCAUCAUUUCAUGAUCCGUAUGUUAACUGUGCCGCAUCGGCCUUCCAUCUGGCCGGUCUGGGCUUAGGUUCAGGUGAUUUUUUGGCCACAUGUGGCAUGGGCUCCUUGGGUGAUCUGCAUCAUGCUGCUGUGGCAGCUGCCGCUGCGGCUGGAUCGUUGGCCAGCACCGAUUUUCCAUUUAGUAUCGAUAAUGGUAAUAACAGACGACCCCCACCGCCGCCUGGUGGUAGUAUUAGGGCAAGUAUUAGUCGCAAGCGAGCGCUAUCUUCAUCGCCAUAUUCGGAUUCAUUUGACAUUAAUUCAAUGAUUCGAUUCUCGCCAAAUUCUCUGGCCACACUAAUGAAUGGUUCUCGAGGGAGCAGCAGUGCUGCCAGUGGCUCCUACGGUCACAUACCCAUGACCCAUGCCGCACACGCAACACUGGCGCCGCGUUUACAGCAGAUACAAGCACACUUGUUGCGCGCCAGUGCUGGACUAUUGAAUCCCAUGACUUCGGCGGAACAGGCAGCAGCUGCAGUAGGAUUUGCCGUGAACCAAGGAAAUCACUUAACCGAAAUGGUUUCUCGAAAUAUCAGCGACUUACCCUUACAGUUACCGAAUCAAAUACCAACAUCUUCAACUACUCCGAAUAUUAAAGUUUAUGAGGAACACAAGUUAUUGAAAAAAGGACACGAUCGUCAAGUUAAAAAUAAGGCACCAGCUGAACAGCCUUCAUCAACAUCUGGUGGUGGCCUUACUCAAGUAGCCCAAGCAGAAGCCGAUAGUGCCUCAUCGAAUAUAUCAGAACGUUAUGAAUACAGAAAAGAUAGUAUUGCUAAAUGUACGCCCAAUUCUGAUCUAAAAUUAAGCCAUCACAACAGUGAAGAAUUAUUAAAUGAAUAUGAUUGUGCCAAUGCUGAUACAACGGAUAUUAAAGACGAACCUGGUGAUUUUAUUGAAACCAAUUGCCAUUGGCGUAGCUGUUGCAUUGAGUUCAACACUCAAGAUGAACUUGUUAAGCACAUAAAUAACGAUCAUAUUCAGACUAAUAAAAAGGCCUUUGUCUGCCGAUGGGAGAAUUGUACACGUGGUGAAAAGCCAUUCAAAGCGCAGUAUAUGCUAGUCGUACAUAUGCGUCGUCAUACAGGUGAAAAGCCGCACAAAUGCACAUUUGAGGGCUGCUAUAAGGCAUACUCUCGAUUGGAAAACUUAAAAACCCAUUUACGCUCGCAUACGGGCGAGAAGCCAUAUACCUGUGAGUAUCCGGGAUGUAGCAAGGCGUUUAGUAAUGCCAGUGAUCGCGCGAAGCACCAAAAUCGUACGCAUAGCAACGAGAAACCCUACAUUUGCAAGGCCCCUGGCUGUACGAAACGUUAUACCGAUCCAAGUUCGUUGCGUAAACAUGUUAAGACCGUUCAUGGCGCAGAGUUCUAUGCAAAUAAGAAGCACAAGGGCUUGCCCCUAAAUGAUGUAAACUCUCGUUUACAUCGGGCCAACAACAAUAGCAGUGGCGGUCAUAAAAAUCGGCAGAGUCUGCAGGAACACAACAUCGACUCGAGUCCCUGCAGCGACGAUGGACAUGUUAGCAAAGGAAUAAUGUCCAGUCCGAGCAUCAAGUCCGAAUCGGAUUGCAACUCUCCACAUCAUCACAAUCAUCAGUUGGUAAAUGGAGCUCCCGACGCGUUACAUCAUUAUCCAACAUCCGAUCACUUGGUGGAUAAUCUGACAUUGGAUGACAGCAACUGGAAUUGUGAUGACGAUGUCGAUGUAGCAGACCUACCGAUUGUACUCCGAGCCAUGGUGAAUAUUGGCAGUGGUGGAAAUGGAAAUGCAGGUGGAAAUGUUAGACAACGUUUCAGAAGUCGUCUUCAAACGAAGGGAUUAUGCAACAUACCAGAAAGUAAUCAUCAUCACCGUACAAUUGGCAUUAAUGAACUAAACCAGAGAAUAACAGAACUUAAAAUGGAACCCGGAGUUGCCUCUGUUGCUUCUCCAAAUUCUGACAUUUUAGGUUUUUUCGAUGAAAUGUCACAAAAUCAAGUAAAUAAUCGUAAUUUAAUAUUAAAUAAGCAACAGAGCCUGCGUCGUGAUAGCCAAAACUCUACAAGCAGCACUUAUUAUGGCAGCAUGCCCAGUCGUCGCAGCAGUCAGACAUCACAGCUCUCAUCGAUAUCCACCAUGCGUCCCUGUACGUCACAUACAACACAUAAUGUCACGACAAAUGCCGCCUCCUUAUAUGAUCCCAUUUCACCAGGUUGUUCGCGUCGCUCCUCCAGUCAAUUGUCAAAUAUAAUGCCAAGUUGUUAUAGCUUACCUUCGGGAAAUAACAACAUGAUUAAUGUAUCUAUUAAUGAAACCGAAGUUGGGGUAAAUUUCAGUUCGUAUAAUAACAACAGUCACAGUCUUCCUCCGCCGCCUUCCUCACAUUUAAUUGCCACGAAUUUAAAAAGGUUGCAAAAUAAUGACUUGGGAGAAGAUUGUUAUCCGAAUCAAAUUCCGGAUUGCGGUCGCUAUUCUAUACCUAAUUAUAGAUCUGAACUGGAGUUUUCCUAUGAUAUAUCCUCCCGACGGCAAUCAGAACCAACUAAUCAGCAAAAUGCUGAGCCUAUAAAUAACAUUCUGAGUUCUAUAAAAAUUAAAAAUGACAACCAGCAGCGUAGGAAAGACCUUCCAGUGAAGGUGGAUAAUGUUAAUACAGCUAUGCUUAACCCAACCAACGAUGUUAAUAUUGUUAUGAACCCUCCCAACAUCUGUGUUCCACGGUGCAACGAUCAACAUCCCAAUGAACGCAUAAAUCUAGAUGAAGUUGAGGAACUAAUAUUGCCCGAUGAGAUGUUACAGUACUUAAAUUUGGUUAAAGAAGAUAAGGGUCAAAAGCGAGAUCAAGAACAAGAGCAAGAUCAAAUAUUUUUAACAAAAGAACACAAAAGAACAGAUCAAUCAGACACAGAAGGUAUUCCAAGUUUACAUCCCGAUUUCAAUAACUUCCCAAGGAUCGAACCGCAACCUUUAAUGAAAUCAAAUCAAAAUCAAAUAAUUGACUCAUCCAUGACUAGUUUGCCAGAGUUAAAUGUCAACACUGCUGGCAAGUCAAUUAGAAAUCAGAAUCAACACAAUUAUAAUGAGAUUCAAUGCGGUAUUGUAAGUCAGUCACAAAUGUCCCCAUCUUUAAAUAUUAACAAUGAAGUUCUAGCCGCAACUAAAAAGAUUUCAGAAGCCACAAAUAAUUCAAAUAUCAACUCAAUGCAACUAGAUACAUAUCAGCGUACUUUAGAAUACGUCCAAUCCUGCCAAAAUUGGAUGGAGACAACAAAAAAUACAGCAUCGACUGCUGAUCAAGUGUCAAUGCCAGUGUGGCCAGAUGUUAGCAGUUCAACACAUCCAUUUUCAGGCGCCAACAUGGUUAUCAACGAUAUGACAACAUCUUUGAGCUCACUAUUGGAGGAAAAUCGCUACCUACAAAUGAUGCAGUAGAUGACAUGAACGGAACAAUGACAAUAUUCAUCAAAUCAGUAGAUAUCUAUAAACAGUCCAGUCAAUAUACAUAUUUAUAUUUUAUAAAAAUUUUAAAAAUGUUUUCAAUUACCAUUUUCUCGUUCAAUACACGUUUUAUAUGUUUUAUAUAUGCCCUUCAAAAUUAAUAGAAACUCUUAAAACUCAAGCAUAAAUACAAGUUAUAAUUAAAAUCAAUAUAUCAUUAAGCAAUGUAUAUUUAAGUAAGAAUGUCUUCAUUUUUGAAAUAUUUUUAAUAUUAAGAAAAAUUAUAUAAACAAAAUUUGUCUUCCCAAUUAUAAUAAAUAAGA